AUGGAGGACAGCAAGACUGAACGAACUCCUAUCUUACCGGCGAAGACGACAUCCAGUCUCGAGCGGGCCCGCCGCCGAUGGGUUACUGUGGAACCUAUCAUUGUGCUGGGCACAGUUGGGGUCAUUUCUACCAGUUUGAUCCGACCUUUCUACUUGAAGGAGCGACUCGGUGAGUCGAUGUUCAACAUCACCGAACAAGAUGAGUACUCCAAGUGCCAAGCAAACGCCAGUGAUGGCGGAAUGGUGGAGGAUGACGUCCAGGCGGAGGCUUCCCUUUGGAUUCUGUACUUAUCAACGGCUGCGAAUAUACCCAUGAUAGUCAGCUCGGUUAUCCUCGGCGCAUUGAGCGACCGACUCGGUAGGAAGAUGUGUAUGGUAAUCCCACUCGUCGGUUACAUCUGCCAAGAAAUUGUGUACAUCCUGACGGUCUGCUACCACCUCCCACUACCGGUUCUCUUUGCUGGUGACAUUCUGCAAGGAAUGGGUGGGAGCUUUGGGUUGCUGUUCGCUGGCUGCCUCUCCUAUAUCAGUGACAUUACGACCGAGAAACAGAGAACCAUGCGCAUAGCGGUGGUGGAAAUGCUAAUGCUUUUCAUCGGCGGUUGUGUCGAAGUUGGUGCUGGUUUUCUGAUGCGAGAUAUCGGCCCCUUCCCACCACUAGCAUUGGCACUGGGGUUCAAUGUUUUGUGCUUGAUAUAUAUUGCUAUCCCCAGCGCUCUGAUUGAAACCGUGGACCGUGACAACAUCCCCGAGAAUCGCAAGGGGCUCAAAGAAGCUGGUCGGAGUGUGGUCGCAAUUUUCAAGUUCACCGAGGACGGUCGGCGGUGGCAGACUCUCCUCUUAACCCUCUUUCUCUUCUUUAUCACGCUGAAUGUCCACGGAGUCACGUCCAUCUUUAUUUUGUACGGUACAGCCCAACCGUUCUGCUGGUCUGCUGUCACUGCGGGAUUGGUGGCAUCAUUUGUUUUCGUUGUCGGCUCUUUGGGGAUGGUGGCCGGUACCAAAGUGUUUUCUUUCUGCUUGGGGGAGUAUUUCAUCAUGCACAUCAGUUGCCUGAGUUUUCUUGCGUCCAACCUUGUCAUGGGUGUGUCAAGAACAACUGUGUUAGUCUUCGUGGCGAGUGGUUUAGGCACUUUACGGGGAAUGGCAUUUCCAGUUGCAAGAUCAGUCCUGUCAAAAAUUGUAAAUCCAAACGACAUCGGUGCGGCCUUUGCCAUUGUAGCUUGCGCUGACAACCUAGCAGGGUUUGCGGCUUCAUUGAUUGCACCAAGCGUCUACGCUGCCACAGUGUCCUACCUGCCACCUGCAGUUUUCUUCGUGUUUUCUGGCCUGGCCUUCAUCCCGAACGGCACUCACUGGGUCAGCGAAAUUAUGAACUGUAUUCUGCACGAUGGAAAGGCAGAUUUCGACCGCUCUUACAUGGUCAACCCACUCGAAGCAACGAUUGCGGAAGACCCAAUAAAAAUGCAAAGCACGGCACCCGGGUACAAGGUUUGCGCAACCAUGAAAUCACCAAGGUGCAUUAUAAGCCAUUGCAUGGAGAGGUUCCGACCCCCUCAAGUCUUGACGAAGAAUGCCAAGGUUGUGUAUGUGGCUCGAAACCCAAAGGACGUGGUCGUUUCCACGUUCAAGAUGAUGCCAAAGUGGACAUUCGACGAGGCGCUCUGGGCAUUUUACCAUGACAAAAUGAUGUACGGAUCUUGGUUUGAUCACGUACUUGGCUACUGGACUGAGCAGGGCAGAGAGAAUUUUCUGCUUCUGAAAUACGAAGAUCUCCAUAAGGACCUAAGGGGGUCAGUUUGCAAGCUUGCUAAGCAUGUUGGGAAGGAUCUACCUGAUGACAUCAUCAAUGGUAUUGUGGAGCACGUGACCUUUGACAGGAUGCAGACAACCUACCAACAGCUUGAGGAUAGGUAUGGAGAAGACGGGAAACGGAUGACCCGCUUCCGGGGAACGCCAUACCUGAGGAAAGGAGAAGUUGGUGACUGGAAAAACGUCUUUACAGUGGCACAGAACACACUGUUCGACAAGAUCUACACCAAGAGAACGGAGGGAACCGGUUUGGAGUUUGACUUUGAGCUUUCAGCCUAAUAUAUCCUGAAAGUUGUAUACACAUUUGAACGGUCUGCAAUUCAGUUUUCAGUUUGAGAAUCUAGCAUCCAGAAUUAGACAUUUUCUAGUGAAAAAUUAGUUUGGAUAGUCACAAAAAUGGAGUGAAAAUUUUCAUUCUUUUGAAGUUAGAAAGAUUUUUCUUUCAAUAAUUUUUCGUUUUGAGGAGAGCCAGAGUUUACAAGUUGUUACAUACUGCUGAAGAUAUGCAUCUUUAGACUUUACAACUAGUUUUACAGAUUAAAAAACCGGAAAACUAAUGCAUAAACAUGUUAAUGAACAUGUGCCCCGUAGGCUAGAGGUUUUGUUUAAUUAAUUUACAAAUCCAUUAGAUAGGCCUACCAUUUUAUUCACAGUGAUCUCCCAUAGACUGUAGCUGGGUCCAUCUUCUCAUAAAAGAUUUCCAACAUAAUAUCCCAUUUGACAUCUUCACUUUUCCUUAUUUUACAUUCAAAGGCCCCUGAUAUUCAGUAUGGGUCAUUUUUGAUUCGAUGGUUCUCAUCUCACAUUGUCCUCGGAAGACGCUGGUUUGAAAAAUAAAUCCAGGUUUUUAAAGGAUCAUGUGUUGUAUGCAUUAAAGGCUAAUGAACGAUAAAACGCUCUUAUCGAUUUAAUGAGUGGAGCGAUGACGUUUUCAUUAUGCCCACAGCCGAUUGGCUUAGCCAAUCCACAGUCAGACCAAAUGCACCAUUAAUGCUUUCCGUUCCUUUGAACAUAAAACCCAUGCACUUAACUAUGUUUUUCCUGGAUGACAUCACAGCAACAGCACCAUCAGUCGUCCAUCACAGCAUGGACGAAGUGUUUACAAGUUCACUUUUUCCUGGGAAUAACAUUUUUUAGUCUUUCAUCGAAUCAUUUCGUCCAAAAUGAAAAACUACAGAAAACAGUGAUUAAUACUUAAUUUACAUCAGUCGACAGCAAAUAUUAUGAUUUUUCCAACGAUUAAAGUAAGGAAGGACGAGACUACUACCUGCAAUGUAAAGAGUUGUGUUCUCAAUUUAUAUGAAACUGCUGGGUAACACCGUUAACAACAGACAGAUAUUUCUCCGUGUCAAGGCCGGGUCGUAGGCCUACAUAUGAGCAAUUAAAAUGUUUAAA